AUGAAGCAAGCGGCAGAAAAGAAUGGAAUCGAGAGCCUGGUAUUUAUCCGUGAGCUGGCAGAGAAGGUCUGCCAGACAUUGGAUAUCCACGAUCCUGUCAAGACAGGUGGAGACCUCGACAAAGUCACCUUGGAAGAGUGGGCCAGGUCCAAGACAGAGUCUCAAACGGCCAUGGCGACGGUGAAGCUGUGGACUAGAGCACUGUUGGGCUUGGAGCCCUCAGAAGUGAGCGCUCUUUUCUUCAUGAAUUAUUGCAAGAGUGCGGGUGGUCUGCUGCAAAUGCGAUCGGAUUUCAAAAAUGGCGGGCAGUAUCUCAGAUUUACUCGAGGAACACAGUCCAUGUCCCUGGGGCUGGCCGAUCUUUUGCACCCAGAUUCAGUCGUCUUGAACUCACCUGUGAGGCUGGUCACCCAGGCCCCAGACGGCAUCUUCGUUUCAGCUGGAAGGGGCGAUUACAAAUGCCAACGGGUGAUAGUUUCGGUGCCGACUGUGCUUUACAAGGAGAUUACCUUUGAUCCCCCGCUGCCUGGAGCGAAAGCUGAGCUAGGGAAGAGCAAUAUCCAUGGAUACACCUUGAAAGUGAUGGUUUUGUUCUCGGAGCCCUGGUGGCGCAAAGCAGGCCUUGCGGGAGCAGUCAUGUCCUUUGUAGGACCCAUCACCACAACGCGAGACUCGAGCAAUGAUGAGAAGGGACAAUUCUCGCUGACAUGCUUCACAAAUGGAGAGGCCGGUCGCAAGCUUUCAAAACUGCCGCAGAAAGAACGGUUUGAUGCAGUUAUUGCGCACAUUAAGCGUCUCUAUGGCCCAUAUGUUGAGGUGCCGGGGCCAAUUGCGAUAACAGAGCAUGAAUGGUUUAAAGAUCAGUGGGCACAAGGCUGUCCUUGCCCUGCAUCACCACCAGGGAUCAUGACACAGUUCGACCAUGCUCUCAGAACCCCUCACGGAAAGGUGCACUUUGUCGGGACUGAGACAGCGUAUGAAUGGAAGGGGUAUAUGGAUGGGGCGGUAAGGUCAGGGGAAAGAGGUGCCAGAGAAGCUGUGGCUGCAUUGGGUCGAGGGAAGUUGUAA